AUGACUCAAGAAAACUCGUUUUUGGUUGCGGAGACUGAUGCUGGCUUCAAUCCAACGCCAUUGAAGACUGACUUGGUGCACCAUAAUCCUUUUUCCAUUGCUCUAAAGAGCUUUGGCUGCAGGCAUGUGGAGAAAGAAAAAGAUGUUGAUGUUGAAAUAUGUAGAGGCGGCAAACAGUUAACCUUUCUACAACUGGAAAGGGAGUAUCAGGAUUGGCUUCUUCAAAUGCAAGACAGUUAUGAAAAAGAAAUCCAGUCUGGUGCGGAUCAGCCAGUACUUGUUGUCGGUCCUUUGAACAAGAAGGCACUAGGCAUAUCAUAUGAUGUUAUAAGGGUUCGUAAAAUUCUUAAGAGAAAGGGAGUAUUGUGGGAAAGUGGCCAGAGAAUCAACAUUCUUAAGGGUGCAUGUGCAGGGUUUCAUAAGAACAAUGUCUAUGCUACUUUAGAAUGUUUUUUGAUUGAAGGAUUUCAGGGGGGUUUUGGUGGAGAAGCUCGUAUUAUAUGCAGCUGACCUGCUUGUGCAGCUGCUUUCUAAGUUUCUUGUAGUUUUUGGUGUUAAUUCAUCAUUGUUUACUUAUAUACUUCAUUUCUGAAAUGGAAGUUCACUAGGU